GCACUUCCUGCGUAAAAGGUCCCAAACAAUCCGGGUCCCAAACAAUCCGUGUGAACUGCUGGGGCAUGGGAACAGCCCCAAGUUUAAUGAAUUGAAGCGGAGGGGUUUAUCACCCGGAACUUCGAAUUAAGCUCUCAUGUCCCUGGGAGGUCACCGCUGACAGAAGUUCCGCACAUCUCGGCGCAUGGCAUAUAUGGGAAAAGAUUUGUGCGCAUGGCGCGGAGGGAGGGGAGAAGAGAGACGAGGAAGCGCUUCCGGUUACAGUUGCUAAGGUGGCUGCUUGCACGACUGUGUCCCUCCGCAUUCCCCCGUCCGGGGGUCAACAUGUCGGGCCUCAACAAGAUAGAGCUGGAGGGCUGUCGUGACCUGCUAGGCCUAAUGGAAACUUCCGAAAUCCUCGCGCUAUGCGACACCAUCACCAACCGCCUGGUUCAGCCCCAGGACCGCCAAGAUGCCAUUCGUGCAGUAUUAGCUUAUAGUCAAAGUGCUGAAGAACUUCUGAAGAGAAAGAAAGUAUACAGAGAAAUCAUAUUUAAGUAUCUAGCAAUGAAAGGAGUGAUUGUACCUCCAGCUUCUGAAAAGCACAAUCUUAUUCAAUAUGCCAAAAAUCACUGGAACAAGCCAGAGUUGAAGGUGAUGGAGGAAACACUGGAGAAAGUUCCAAAUACAGAAGACAUCAUACUAUGUGAACAAGAAAAAAGAGAAAAAAAUCCUGAACAAUUUGAUGAUUGUUACAAAUUAGGAGAAGAAUUUUGCCAGUGGUUCUUUGAGCUUCUCAACUCUCAGAAUCCUUUCUUUGGACCACCCCAAGAAAAAUGGGGACCCCAGCACUUUUGGGAUGAUGUCAAGCUAAAAUUUUGUUACAACACAUCAGAACAAAAUGUGAUAGACUAUCAUGGUUCAGAACUGGUGAGCUUGCGUUUACUAUCUCUGGUGAAAGAAGAGUUUCUAUUUCUUAAUCCCAACUUAGAUUGCAAUGGAUUGAAGUGUGUAUCCUCUCCACAUGGAUUAGUUGUAGUUGCAGUUGCUGGCACUGUCCACCGAGGCAAUAUGUGUUUAGGCAUCUUUGAACAAGUAUUUGGCCUCAUCCGCAGCCCUUUUCUAGUAAACACUUGGAAAAUAAAGUUUGUCAAUCUGAGGAUUGUUGGACAGAAUUCCCUUGAACCUGGAGUGACAUUGGAGAAGCCUUCAAUAACAUUGGAAUCCAAAGAAUUAGAAUUACUAUAUAAUGGAAAUGGAGCAACAUGUAGUAGAAAUGAAGCAUUGCUUACUGAAACCCCUGUUUUAUGUAGUGGAAGUGGAAAUCAGGCACUGUGUCAUCAAAAUGAGGCAUCACGUAACACGUAUGAGUUGGAAUUACCUAAUUUAAAACACUGAGUACUGUAUGUCAAAUUAAAAAAAACCUUUUUAUUCAGAACCUCUUCAGCUUAUGCUGUACCAAUAUUGCUCAGAUGAUUUCAGGCUUGCAGGGUUGGCAUAUUUCAGUUCAGAUACUGUUGAUUACAAACUAAAAUCUCUUUCCACUUUAGUUUGGACAAAUAUUAUGAGAUCUUGACCCCAUUCAUCAAAUAAAUUUCACUUUAGAUUUCAUGAUUAAUAAUGUGCCUUAGAAAUCAAGCAAUAUUUUCAUUUUAUUUUGCAGAAAUUCUAAUUCUUUCAAAAUGUUUGCUUUGUAAUAGAAAAAAAUACAAUAAUUUGCAUGAUUUCCUACUGAUUCUUAUUUUAGGAGUAUUUUAUUGAGCAGUUAUUACAAAAUAGAAUAUAUAGUUUUAACGGAAAUCAUACACUCUUGAGUUGGUAACCUUAAUGCAAAAUCAAAUACUUGAGCCAGCUGGAUGAUAAACUCUUGUAUUUAAUUGUAUUUAAGGAAAAAUGCCAGUGAUUUAUUAUAUGGCUAUUCGUUGUACAAGUUAUAUACCUUUCAAAAACAUCAAAACUUAUUUUCCCAAACUAUUCUGGCAUUGGCAAAUGUUAAUUUCAAAAUGAGCUAACACUGAACCUUAUUUAUACCUACUUGUUAAAAGAUACAUCUUUUCACUACACUUUUGGAAAUUCCUAUCGCAGUCAUCUUGAUUGGUGUAAGUUUUUUUUUUUUUUUUUUUAAUAGUAAAUUUCACUCAGGUUUUUUUGGUAUUUAUUGAUAUUUUUUCCCUGCUUAAUUUUUUUUAUUUGAUUUGGAUUAUACACUUCAAUUGCCAGGAAUAAAUUAAUGAAAAUAGAUUAAUUGGUUUGCAUUCCUCUUAUUCCUCUUGCUGAUUACACAGGAUUUAGUUACUUAUUCUUGAGUUAUGUUCUAUUUUAUGGAAUAAAACAAGCAUUUCCAUAGCAUAGUACGUUAAAAAGCAUGAUUGCCUACAAAGCUGCAAAUCUCUUAUAUACAGCUUGAUAUUCCUUUCAAAUAUACAAAAUUAUUGUGGAAAUUUCUUUUUUUCCCUCCCUCCCUUUUUCUUCCACCGCCCUAGAGAUGGCUACCAUUUUAGACAUAAAUAGGUAAAGAUUUUAGUUUUUAACCAAUAGACUGUACUGACUUAGUUUACAAGUAUCUUUCUCUUAUUUGAUAAGUUUAGAAAAGUUGAUGAGCCAAAUAAAGGAAGCUAUUUACUAUAAUAUCAAAUGUUAAUAUUUAAUAUGACAUGAGAUAAGAGUAAAAUGCAAGGUUGAUGGGAUAAACUUAAUACAUUUCUGUUUUGCCAUCUCACAUCAAGAUGCGUUUUGAAAGAACAAAAAGGAAAGUUCUUGGGAGAUCCAGAAUUAAAAGCAAAGUUGCUGGAGGUAUAGAACUAAAGAUUUAAAAAAACAAGUUUAUUUUUAAAUGUUACACUUAAAUAUUUCAAAUUCCAGCUUGGCAAGAGCAAUACCUUAUUCAUCUCCCUAUUUCUAUAUAAGGUGCCUUGUUCACAGAUAUUUGAUAAUUUUCUACUAAAGGAAAGAAAGAUAACAUUCAUUGAAAAAUGAGUCUGUUUCAUUGCUAAAUAGUCUUGGGGCUAUUUAUUACUGGGAGGAAAAGUGGCAUAGGAUAAUCUAUAAAGCUCUGACCCAGAAGUCAAGAUGACCAAAUUCUGGCCAUGAACCUGGGGAAGUCAUUUAUUUCCUUUAUACCUCAUGCUACGCUCUUAAUAAAGUUUUAAAAUUUCCAAACAAUUGUUAUACUGUAACUAGCAUUAACACCAUGGAGUUCCAUAUAUUAAUAACAUUACAAGUCCUGAUUUCCUUCUCUCCCCCCAAAAAUAAAUCUAUUAGGAAAAAUAGUACAUGUUGUCAUAAUAAGGCGCAAAAUACAUCUUAGGAGAAGCCUUAACAUUCAUUCUGGAGUGUAUAAGCAAGCUAGAUUUAAGAGAACACUUAGGUACCCCAGAAGAUUUAAAAUUACCAGACCUAGAUUAAUUACAUCCUAAUGUACUGAAAAACUUGGUUACUGUAAUAUUAAAAACUGUUAUUGGUGAUAAAGGGGAUAUUAAAAGAUAAUAGUAUCAGUGAUAAAUGAAAAGUUGUGGAAAAUGGAAGAAGUUGUCACAGAACUGAAGAAAAAUGUUCAAAAAAAUUUUUAAGGAAAAAAAAUAAUGCAGACUGUAGGCCAAUGAAUGAGUUAGGGGAGAAAUUGAGAAUAUAUUAACAGCAUUGUAUGUCAACAAUCUAGAAAAGGAAGUUGAACUCCAGGGAAGAGCUAGCAUGACUAUGUGAAGAACAACAAAUCAUACCAGACGAAUCUCAUUUCCUUUUUUUUUUUUUUUUUUUAGUUAAUAGACUUAAAGCAAUGCUUUACAUUGUACUGAAGUUUUCCCCAGCCUUCAUCAAAAGCAUUUAACAAAAGUUUGUUAUUCACAAGACCAUAAUGAAUCAAUAUGAGUUGGAUAAUGGCAGAAAAGUAGUUAAAUGACUAGACUAGCUAAUGAGACCUUAAUAGAGUGCCUAGGGAUCUAUAUUUGGUUAUAUACUGUUUUGGCAUUAUCAAUUAUUUAUAUAAAGAUAUAAAUAUCCUACUUAUCAAAUUUGUAAAUUAUAUAAAAAUUUCAGGGAAAGUCAUCACUAGAUAAUGGAGUCAGAAUGAGAAAAGAGCUUAGCCAAAUGGCCAAAUCUAACACACACAAAAAAAUAGUUUUGAGAAUAACUGUUAAGUCCUUCAUUUUGAUUGAAAAAAAUCUAUUUUACAAAUACUAAAUCUUAAGAUGAGGUCUUUAGUGAGUUGGAAAUUCAGUAUGAAUUAACAGGUAAAUGAAAUAGCCAUAAAUGCUAAUCAAGCAAUUGAGAUAAACCAUAUCUAGAACAUAGAAUUCAAGAAUCCCGUUGCAUUCUAAUUUAGCCACAUCUGCAGUAUUUUUGUCAGUUUUGUAUUCCUGAUAAUAGAAGGGAUAUUGUAAGCUAGAGAGCAACGUGAAAAAGGUAGUCUGAUGUAUAAAGAUAAUUUCAAAUAACUUGAAAUAUUUAACUUUAGUUCUCUUCAGGAGUUUGAUGGACAGUCAUAUGAAAGAGGAAUUAGAUUUUAUUUUGUACCAGAAAUAAGACUAGAAGCAAUGGAUUGAAAAUUCCAAGAGUUAAGUUUAAGCGCAGCAUUAAAGCAAAGAGAAACUUCCUAAAAGGUAUCUAAAAGUUGGGUUGGCUCUCUUGGCUUGUGAAGAUAAUGGAUUUUCCCCUCAUUUGAGGUCUUCAACUGAAGGUUAAAUGCCUUCUUAUUGAGGCUGUUGUAGAGAAGAUUCUCAGGUGUGGGUUUGAGUUAAAUGGUCUCUGACUUCUAAGAUUCUUUUAACUCGCAAGUGAGCAAAACAAAGAAGGCUUACCAGAUAAUUUCAUAUUUGACUCAGAAUUUUCUAGUGUUAUGGCUAGUACGGGUGGGCUUUGAAUGAAGGAGUAAGAAUUAAACAAUCCAGAUAGAUGAAUAGUAAACAAAGGUAUAGAAGUGGAUGUCUAACAUGUGAUUCCCUUACUCCUUUCUACCUACUUAAAUAUAUGUAUAUGUGUCAGAUAUCUAACUUCAUCAACAAAUUGCAUCUUAUUUUAUUAUCUUGGUUACCUGAGACUUGAAAAAUUUAAGUGACUUUCAAGUCAUUGUGCCUGCAGCUAGUAAGCAUCAGGAAGGAUGGGAUCUGGAUUUCAAGUCUAGGACACUAUCCAUUAUUCAGUACUCUCUCUUUUUUUCCAUAAUUGAAGAAAGAUAAUGUUUUAGCAAAAAGGUAGCCAUAUUAUUCAUAGAAUAUACUGCCCCUACCUGUUGAAUUUGCCUCAAGAAUAUAUGAGGCUAUUGAUGUGUAGAAUAGAUGCCUUUCCCACUUCAAGGGCACAAAAACAGGCAGGAUAGAAAAUACCUUUUAAAACCAAGAUGAAAAUCAGAUUAGAAUCAUUAUCUCUAGGGUUUUAAGAGUGCUCUUAAGUAUUAUAAGGAAAAUUAUGGGAUUCCUUAUCUUAGAAAAAUGACUCGAAUUCAUUUUUGAAGCAGGAUCUCUUUGAGAAUGAUAGAAUAGUAGGGAUUAAAGUGCACCAUUUGUUUUUGCUAGCUCUGAAGAUACGUUAAGAUCACAAAAGGAAUUAUCCUUAGCUUUUCCAAGCCUCAUUAUUUUAAUCCCAUUCAUUCACAUUACAGCUGUUUUUUACACAUAAGGUUGAAUUUCCUAUCUCUGUCUUCACAUAGACUGGUCACUAGUCUACCUCUUAGAAAUCCAAGUACUACUACUAUUGAGGCCUUUCCUCUAUGUGUGAAUGCCCCUAUAGAAUGUAAGCUACUUAAUUUAAGGUCAUAGAGUUUCAUUUUUCUCAAUAUCCCCACAGGCUUUGUAUAUGUGUGCGUGUGUAUAUAAGACACAUAAAUAUUUUAAUCAGUUGACUCACUGUUUCCCAUUUCUGUUAAUUGCAUAAGCCUUAGAAAGGUUAGGGAGUAUUUGGAAUCUUAUCUGUAGAAACUCUUCUGUCCAUGUCAUUGUAGCAGAGUCGGUGAGACUAGGGGAAGAUAUUUUUGUCUCUGGAGACAAUAUGUAGACUAAGGUUCUUUAUUAAAAGUAAGCUUUUUAAAGCUAACUAUGCUGUUUGGCAGCAAAAUCACUACUAGGAAUGUUUCCAAAGCAAGAUUAAAAAAAAAAAAACUAUACAUACGUGUGUGUGUGUG